AAAAGACAGAAAAAAAAAAAACAAAUCAGCCAGAAGGAAGAUAGCACCUUGCUACAUGUGCUUACAGUGAAUCUAACAGGAAAUAGGUGAAAAGACAGAAAAAGAAAAAAAACACAACACCAAUCAGCAUUUUGCUUAUGAGCAGGAAGGAAGAUAGCACAGAAACUUUGCUACAUGUGCUUACAGUGUAAGCUUUCAGCUUCAUCUUCUUUUUGUUUUCUAACUCUUUUUUUUUACUAUCUUAGGAUCACAGAGAUCAAGAACAGGGAAACAUAAAUAGACUGAAUACUUACUCUUUUUAUACUCUGAUUUAGGAAAUUAUUAAGGAUCUCCUGUUUUUGGAACAUUUUACAUUCAGUUAAUAUACAUAUUAGCUUUCGUUUGCGAGACUUAUCCAAGCUGGUAAGUGCUUUAGAGAUUUUGUUAGGUUAUGUCAAGGGAGAGAACAUAUAUCUCUCUGAGUAUGUUCUAAAAUCUGUUCUUAUCACUUUGAUUCCGUUUUAAGAAAUGAGAGUUUUGGGUUAGAUUUCUUGUGUUUGUGUCUCUUUAAAUUGAACAAUUCUGUUAGGUACACCAUAACAGGUCAAGAGUCAAGACCUUCCAAACCUAGGCCCCUCUUUUAUAUGGUAUUUGGAUAACCCUGAAUGAGUGAGCUACUGCUUCUGAUGCUGUGAGCAGUAAAACGAGAAGACUUAAGUAGCAUUAAAAGGACCAAAUACAGUAUCGAGAUCACGAAAAUGAUGUUCACCAGCUAAGGAAUCCAAGAUUUGAAACAUGAAUCAGGGAACAGCUCCAAAGAGAGAUGACUAUUGAGAUUAGCUGAUGUUUUAAUCUAGAGGGAAACUCUUGCUUGCUAAUUUGGAACUUGAUUUCAUGCAUCCUCCAUCUCAUCUUCAUUAACACUGCUACUUCUUGUGCAGGCCAAGAACCUUCAAUGUCUUUGUAGACUUGUAUCAAGUCCUAACAUCUUCAACUUUGCAUCCUCCAUAGCACUCAAAACUCCCAACCAAAUUAGCAACCAAACAUGACUUCAAGAACAAUGUUCCUAAUAACAAAACUGUCUCUAUGAACAGUAACUACAAUUAUAACUAAUACAUAUACACGUAACGUUGGCUCCAUAUACCACAAACGUGGACUCAUGUGUAACCACAAGUUUUCUCGAGACUCUCAACCAUCCACCGUCCCAUGUCGUAAUUAUGCGAAUGUGACCCUUCAUCAAUCAAUCUUACUACAUUCAUGGAUUCGUACCCUUUUUCCCAUAAUUAAACAUUUUUUAUAUCUUUUUUUUUUUCACAAACUCAUCUUCUUGAAUCAAUCUCAUCAAAAACAAAAACAAUGGCAGAAUCAGAAACUAGGGCAAACCUAAACACCAUUAAAGAUCAAGAACAUCAAGAAACCAUAACAAAAACUCAGCCAUUGAUCCCAGGUUUACCAAACGAGAUCGCUGAGCUUUGUCUUCUUCGUCUUCCUUACCCUUACCAUGCUCUGUUUCGCUCUGUUUCAUCUUCAUGGAACAGAACUAUUACAAACCCUAGAUUCCUCUUCUCCAAGCAAUCUCUUUCUAUCUCUUCUCCUUACCUCUUCGUCUUCGCUUUCAACAAAUCAACGGCUAAGAUUCAAUGGCAAUCCUUCGACCUCGCAUCUGGCCGUUGGUUUGUUUUGCCUCCUAUGCCAAACUCUUUCACCAAAAUCUCGUCUCCUCACGCUCUCUCCUGCGCGUCGAUUCCACGUCAGGGGAAGCUCUUUGUCCUCGGCGGCGGAGAUUGUAACCGCUCCGCCGUAGUUUAUACGGCUUUGACGAAUCGUUGGUCGUGUAUUUCUCCGAUGAUAAGUUCGAGAACGUACUUUAACGCCGGGAAUGUUAACGGUAAAAUCAUGGCCGUUGGUGGGAGUGUUGACGGUUUUGGAGAAGCGACGACGGAAGUUGAAUCGUACGAUCAAGAAACCGACACGUGGACGGCUGUGAAGAGAGUGCCGAUGGUGUUGGCUAAGUAUGACUCAGCAGUGAUCGGGAAAGAGAUGUGUGUGACGGAAGGGUGGGCGUGGCCGUUCAUGUUUCCGCCGAUGGGACACGUGUACGAUUCAGAUGAAAACACGUGGCGUGAGAUGAGCGGUGGGAUGAAAGAAGGGUGGACGGGGGUGAGCGUAGUGAUCCAUGGGAGGCUCUUUGUGAUCUCCGAGCACGGUGAUUUCCCGAUGAAGGUGUAUUUCUCGGAGGAUGACACGUGGAGGUACGUAAGUGGUGAGAAGCUUCCCGGAGAGAAGAUGCGGCGGCCUUUCGCCGUGACGGGAGCUGGGGAUCGUGUGUUUGUGGUGGCGGGUGGGAUUAAUGUAGCGGAGGGGAGAGUGAGUGAGGGGCAAAAUGGGGAAUUUAGCGUUGAGUGGAGGAUGGUUUCGUCUCCUCAAAGUUUUGUUCAUUUUUCACCUGCUAGUUGCCACGUGUUAUAUGUCUGAUUUAUAUUUUCUAUUUUUAUAUUUUACUAGGCUAGUACCUUCAUCUAUUCUUUAUAUAAUACUAGUUUAGUAC